AAAGUGACUUGGUGGACCUAACGCGAUCACGUCGAUGAGAGCUGUUCAGUCUAUGGCUUACAGUUUUCGUUGCCUAUUGUCGUGCAUUGUUCGUAUUUUCCGCGUUUGUUAUAAUAAUCCUGAUCGUGCAAAAAUAUAUACAUACAUACAUAUGUACAUACGUAUAAUAUAUACACAUAUCUUUUAGUGAUUGCACAAAAUGUUUCCAAUACAAUUCAACCAUUCAAUUGAUUUACAAGAACCAGUGGUGAUUCCACCGCCACGAUCUCCCUUGGAUUUCAAAAAUAAAGUUAUAAUUAUCACUGGAGCCAAUUCUGGCAUUGGUGCUGCCACCGCCAUGGAAUUCGCCAAGUGGGGUGGCCUUCUUACUGUUGUUGGGCAUAAUAAAGCAAGUUUGCGUGAGGUGGCCGACAAAGUCAUUGAUGUGCACGAACAUUCGCCAUUGAUAGUGCAUGCAGAUAUGACCAAGCAGGAGGAAGUGAGGCAUAUUGUUGACAAAACAAUGGCCACUUACGGACGCAUCGAUGUGCUUGUCAACAAUGCGUCCGUUGUUGAGAUUGGCAAUAUUGAAACAACUACGAUGGAUCAAUAUGAUCGUGUAAUGGACAUAAAUAUACGUGCUGUCUUUCAGCUAACUUCGUUGGCGGUGCCGCAUCUGAUCGAUACUAAAGGAUGCAUUGUGAACGUAUCAAGCAUAAGUGGGAUCCGCUCGUUUCCCGGCAUACUCGCUUAUAACAUCUCCAAAGCGGCGUUGGAUCAAUUUACGCGUUGCAUAGCACUGGAAUUACGGCCAAAAGGUGUGCGUUGUAACUCGGUCAACCCCAGUGUUAUCAUAAAAGAUGUUCAGAAAAGUGACAGCAUGGAUGAUGAGGUGUAUGAAGCAAUUUUGGAGCAGUCUAAGAUAACACAUGCUUCCGGCCGUGCGGGCCUGGAGGAAGAAGUGGCUGGAGUAAUCGCAUUUUUGGCCAGUAAUAUGGCAAGCUUUAUUACCGGUGCAACUUUGCCAGUCGACGACGGACACCAUGCCAUGUGUGCGCGAUAAGAUGGCAAUAAAAUCGUAACACAUACAAUAUGUACAUAUCCAUUCAUUUGUAUGUACAUGUGCACUGAAAUAAUUGCAUUUGAUAGUGGAUACUUUUUGAAGGAGUUGCGUGUGUUCAAAAGUCAAAGUCUGUACCGUUACUUAGUUAUAACAUCAUUUUUAUUUAGAAUAGCAUCAUCACAUUUUAAAACGUUUUACCGUUAUAUUUUAUAAUA